UUAAAAUUUUGAUAAAACAUUUUACAAUUGCUUACUUCCUUGCAACCUCGGAUACUUAUCACUCUUCUCUUUUCGCUCCCACCCAUGGUCACUUUAUGCUCAAACUCUCCCAGAUCAUAUUUCUCUCCAAAAAAACCCAGCCACCUCCAGUCCUCUCUCCCAUCAAUCCUUGGCUCCAAGGUCUGAGGCACCACUGCCAGCUCCAGCUUCUGCCGGAGCCGCCCAUCGCCGGCAAAACCCAGCUGGUUUCUUCUAAUAUCUAUGAUUGUACAUGUCCAACUAAGACUCAUGCCAUAUUUGUACCAAAUCUGCCUAUGAAUGCAACUGUCGAACAACUUGAAGCGGUUUUCAACAAUUUUGGGCCUAUUAAGCAUAAUGGUAUUCAAGUUAGAAGUAGCAAGCAACAGGGGACAUGUUUUGGUUUCGUGGAAUUUGAAUCUGCCAGUUCGAUGCAAAGUGCUAUUGAGCUAACAAUGACAGAGGGAGGUUUCCUGGACAGGCUGGUUAUCGAAAUGAUAACUUUAGGGGCCGUGGAAACUUCAGUGGUGGAAAUUUUAGUGGAGGCUGUGGCUAUGGGGAGAAAUGAAUUUGAGAGGCGAGGUGAUUUCUCAAAAGAAGUUUACAAGAUGAUUUACAAGCUUCAGCUAAAGCUCAAAGAAGUGGUACUAUAAAUAGAUUAACCUUUUUAAUCAUUGGUGAUGUCUCAGUAUAAUUUAUCAUAGUAUCCCUUAAACAUUCAUGAUCAAUGUAUAUUCAUUAUUUUGAACUUGUAUAAGUAGAUUCAACCUUUUUAGCCAUUCGUCUGUCCCUAUGUAAUUUU